GCCUUUCAAUUUCUCACCUCAGAAAGUUUGUUCUUCCCAGGUUGUCCCUCGCGCCACAUCCUUUCUUUCUUCGCGGGUGCCCAAUGGAGUCGAGAUACGAAUUAACUGAACGAGAGUGACGACUGCAACAUGGCCGAAGAAGGGUCAAAAGAAACGCCCGAAGUGGCGGUCCCCAUUGCACCUGGGGUGCCAGCCAUAUCCUAUGAUCCAAACGAGGAACCAGCCUACGGCUGGGUUGUUUGCGGCGCUCUGUCCGCGAUCAAUGGCUUCACCUGGGGUAUCCUGGCUAGCUUCGGAGUUUACCUGUCUUAUUACAUCAACCAUGAAACUUUUUCUGGUGCUUCUGACCUGGAUUACACGUUCGUGGGCGGAGUCAAUUUCGCGACCGCCUUGUUUUGUGCGCCUCUUGUCAACCUGAGCACGCGAAAGUUUGGAACCAAUAUCCCAAUGUACUGUGGCGCCUGCAUGUUCGGUGGCGGAUUUGUGGCAGCGUCCUUUGCUACCGAGUUCUGGCAUCUGGUCCUGAGCCAGGGAAUUCUAGUCGGUAUGGGUGUUGGCUUUGUGUGGCAACCAGCUACGCCCAUCCUGCCUCAGUGGUUCAAGAGAAACAGAAGUCUGGCACAGGGUAUCGCUGCCGCAGGCUCUGGUGUUGGCGGGAUUAUCUUUUCGUCAUCAACAACGCCGAUGAUUGACAACCUGUCCUUGGCAUGGUCACUGCGCAUCACGGGAAUCAUUGCGUUCGUGGUCCUAAUGAUUGCAAGCUUCUUGAUCCGAGAUCGACAUGCCACGCUCCGCCCACGCAUCCGGCUUUUCGACCACACUUUGUUGCGAAAGUCCCGGGUUUGGCUGUUGAUGGGAUAUUCCUUCUUCACCAUCUUGGGAUAUAUCGUCGCGAUUUACUCGCUUUCAGCAUUUGCCGUCUCGAUCGGGCUCACUCAGCAACAAGGCGGAAUCGUGGUUACUGUGAUGAAUGUUGGGACUACACUUGCAAGACCAUUCGUUGGUGUGCUUAGCGACCGCUACGGCAGAAUAACUGUUGCGGGGAUCUUGACAGCGAGCAAUGUGUUGUUCGUCUAUGCGAUCUGGAUACCCACAAACUCGUAUGGUGUGCUUUUGUUCUUGGCCAUCCUGCUCGGCGCAACAAGUGGCAUAUAUUGGGGAACAAUUGCACCACUCUGUGCAGAAGUGGUCGACCUGACGGAGCUGCCGUCGACCCUCAGUCUGAUGUGGCUGACCGAUGCUUUGCCUUCGCUGUUUUCCGAGGCCAUCGCUCUCGAGAUCCGUCGCCCAAAGUCACACCGACCAUACUUGUGGCCGGAGAUAUACACUGGAUUGGCUUAUUUAAUCUCAAGUCUCUUUCUGCUUGAGCUUCGGCGUCGGAAAUGGGGUUGGGGCAGCGAAAGGCACAGGUGAUGUACUUCUCAGCAGUCCUCAGCUCUCGGUGUUCUGCAAACCUCAUCUUCACCCAUGUGAAACUCUAGCAUCACACCACCCGAAGCCAUGGACUGAUUACUGAACACGUGGCUAGCCGACGUGCUCGGAAAAUGUCUAUGACGACAGCAUGCAUGCCGGAAGUCUAGCUGGGUUCCGAGCCACAAUGCGCCGCUAUCGACAUUCCAUCAAGCGUGCGGAGAGCAUUUUUCACCGUUGCUUGGAAGUCGACGAGUGGUGCUGUUCGGUAUCGAAAGAGUUGCCAUCUCCGGUGGAUAUGGCUAUGAUAUACGGCCAUUAACGGGUUUCCGCGCCACUCCACCAUAAAUCUCAACUAAAGUCUCAGCUCCACCAAUGCCACUGCUGCAUCAGAGCACUCAGCCC